AUGACAAGUCAUUUUUUUGAUAGUUCAUCUCUUGAAAAUUUAGUUCAUAUUGAAUUAGUUUUUCCUAUUAAACAAAUAACAGAAUUAUCAAUAAUUCAUAUACAAUGUAGUGAAUUCAAUCUUUUAUUAAAACAACCAUUUAGAAUCGAAAAAAAUUGGUUGAAAACAAAUUUAACACUAUAUAUUCAUUUUUUUCCUGUUAAAUUUUUUAUUAAAUUUCAUAAAAUUUCUUUACAUUCAUCUGCUUUUUUAACGUUAUAUUUUCGACGAACAACAUUAUCACAUAAAGUCAAUCGUGGUGAUACAACAUCAUUUUAUGAUGAUCCAUCAUAUUGUCAAUUCUUAUGCCAUAAAAAUUCAAAUAUGUCUUCUUAUUUUCAAAUGCAAAAUUCACUUCAUCAUAUUCAUCCAAAGAAAAUAUCAACAUUAUAUUGUCAAUCAAAACGAUUUGCACCAACAAUACUUUUAUAUUAUGAUGGUUCAGAUAUAAUUCUUAAAUGA